AUGUUGAGGAAAGGUGUUUAUGUUGGUUACCAUGCGUUCGUCAAACAUAACCUUGAAACUGUUUUAAACGGUUUAGAAUUUUCUGGUCCAGUAUUUGUGAAGCUGGGUCAGUGGGCCUCAACUAGGAGAGAUUUGUUUCCAGAAGAAUUGUGCUCUUGUUUAGCGAAGCUCCAGAGAAAAACAAGAGCUCAUUCAUGGUUUUAUACAAAGAAGUCUUUAGAAAGGGCCUUUGGACCCUAUUGGAAAUGCAUAUUUGUGAAGUUUGAUAACAACAAGGAGCCAGUUGGUUCUGGCUGCUGUGCUCAGGUAUACAAGGCAUGGAUUGAUCCAGCAGCACUAACUGCAUGUGAUGGGUUUAAUGAUUGCAUUGAGGACUCUGCAGAUUCUGUUUUUAUUGAAGGAAUGGAGAUGUUUGGUUUUGGCAGAUUGCUGGAGAUGAAAGAUCAGAAGUCAGAUGAAGGUACAGAAAAGCUCAGAAUGACACUGGGACUAGAUAAACAGGGAAAUUCAACAAAGAGAGAGUUGAUCCCAGUGGCUGUGAAGGUUCGUCAUCCUAGAAUGGAGACUCUUCUAAGGCGAGAUCUCUGCAUUAUGAAAACUGUGGCAUCUGCUGUUACCUGGAUUUUUCCAAGUUUAAAGUGGCUCAGCCUUGUUGACUGUGUAGAAGAGUUUGGACAGUUGAUGGAAGCCCAGGUGAAUCUUUGUGUAGAGGCCUGCAACCUUGAACGGUUUGCUGCAAACUUUAACAACGUGAAGUCAGUCAGAUUUCCGAAACCACUAUGGCACCUUGUAAGACAAUAUGUAUUGGUGGAAACAUUUGAGGAGGGUAAUCCUAUGCAGCAUUAUGUAACAGACAGAUCAUCAAGACCAGUUAAUGCCAGGCUAGCUGAGCUUGGCAUCAAUACAGUACUUAAAAUGGUGUUUGAAGAUAAUUUUGCCCAUGGUGACCUACAUCCUGGAAAUAUAUUGGUCAGAGAAGAGGAAACAAGUGAUAUGACUCAGAAAAAAUCAUGGCAUACUUCACCUUUUUUAAUUUCAAAGUCAACAUGUCCAGUCACUAUAGUGAUACUUGAUUGUGGAAUCAUUGCAUCUCUUGAUGACCACGGGAAAAAAUGCCUUAAAGGAGUGUUUAAAGCAGUUGCAAAUGGUGAUGGACAAAAGGUUGGAGAGCUGUUUCUAAAUAAUUCCAGUCAUCAGUGUACAGACCCAGAAAGUUUCAAAUACAGAAUGAAUGAAAUUGUUAGCUCUGCACUGGACAGGAGUGUCACCUUAGAACAAGUUGAAGUGUCUGCCAUAAUGACAUCUCUAUUCUCUGCAAUGAUUGAACAUAAGGUGAAGCUGGAUGGUAGCUUCUCAUCCAUCAUACUAGCAAUUAUGGUGGUAGAAGGUCUGGGAAGGUCACUGGACCCAAGGAUUGAUAUAGUACAGCAAGCUAGACCGUUUUUAUUAACAUCCCUAUGAAUAGAUAUAUUCAAAGCUCCUGAAUUUCCAUGUACACACAAAUUUUGUAAUAUUCUGUUAUAUUUUGUUUAUACAAUAUUUAUAUAAUGAUCUGGUGAUGGCUUUUUCAUACAAAUAAAUUAGUUUUAGUUGAAUGAUCCAAGUUUUAAUGUUCAUUUCCUAAACCCAGACAGAGAGUCCUUUGUCACGCAUACAUAUGUUUAUGUGCUGAUGCUCUAAAGAAUGUGUUGCUAAGUAACAGAAGCACAGCAAAUGAUUGCAGCUUUCACCCACUGUUGUUUUUUACAGCAUAAAAUAAUUACAAGUGGUAACUGUGUUAAAGAUGACAUUGCCAGAUGUGACACAGUUCAGAAAUAUUAAUGCAGAAUGUAAAUCGUUGUAGCCUACUUGUAUCCAAUUUGAUUGAAAAA